UGUCCUAGGGUGAAGUUGACAAGUCGACAACGCCUCAAGGAUUAUGAUAUAUAUGAUCUUGUUUCCCAUGCGUCUCCAGGUUGCCAGGUUACUGUUGUCGCGAUUCCAUUGAGGAAAAUAGUUGAAGGAUCAAAAAUAAUCAAUGGGAAGUUUUGAUGAGUGUAAGCCAGUAAUGGCAAUGAUUGGGAUCCAGUUCGUUUAUGCAGGGCUUGCUCUUUUAAGCAGAGCUGCUUUUUUACAAGGAUUGAAUCCCUGGGUCUUUGUAGUUUACAGGCAAGGCAUAGGAACUUUGAUCAUGGCACCUCUAGUUUGCCUUUCAAGCCGGAGAAAUUCAUGCUGGUCCUCUUUUGGAUUCAGGAGCUUCGCUUGGAUAUUUCUUGCCUCACUUAUUGGCGUUACAGCCAACCAAAUUUCCUACUUUGAGGGUCUCUACUUAACAUCUUCAACUGUAGGAACUGCAAUGUCUAAUCUGAUCCCUGCUAUUACCUUCGUACUUGCAAUCAUUUCGGGAUUGGAGAAAGUAAAUACCUUCAGCUUGAGAAGUAUGGCCAAGAUUUUGGGCACUGUAGUCUGUGUAAGUGGAGCCAUUUCCAUGGCAUUUCUCAAAGGCCCUAAACUAUUAAACACUAAAUCGCCACCACUAAAAUCCUUCUCCAACCAUGGAGGAGACUACUGGUUGCUGGGAUGUCUACUUCUCUUUGGAAGCAGUAGUUUCUGGUCACUCUGGAUGCUUUUUCAGAUUCCAAUUUCAGCAAGUUGUCCUGACCACUUAGCUUCAUCUGCGUUGAUGGGUUUAUUGGCUACAAUAGAAUCAGCAAUAGUUACAUUUUUUCUUGGAAAAGAUCUUGCAGCUUGGCAUUUGAAUUCAUUUCUUGAAAUAGGAUGUUGUUUAUUUGGGGGAAUUGCAAUGGCUUUGUCCUUCUUUGUUCAAGCCUGGUGCAUUUCUCAAAGAGGUCCCGUCUUCACUGCAAUGUUCAACCCUUUGUGCACAGUUAUAGUGACAGUAGUUGCUGCUAUAUUUCUACAGGAACAGACUUACGUUGGGAGCUUGAUUGGUGCUUUAGCUGUGAUUAUUGGCCUAUAUGUCGUACUAUGGGGUAAAGCUAAAGAUUUUAAAGAACUUAAAAUGGAGAUGCAUAAGAAGCUACGAGAAGAUGAGUCGAGAACUGUAGAAGUGAUAAUAGACAAAUCUUUAGAGAAGAAGAAUUGCAAAGCUGAUGAUUUGAAAGAACCACUUUUGUCGCUCAAAUCUGCUGAUGACGACAAAAAUUGUACCACUUCUUAGUGCUUGGACCUCUAUAUUCUAUGCUAUCAUUUUUACAAAUUUAAGUACUUAACGAAGAUUUGCUACUAUUCUCUAUUA